ACUUGAAUGUUCGUGAUGCAGGAUGAUGAUAUUGGGAUCUCAAAAGAAGGAGAUUUGAUGGCGGCCCUUCAAAAUGCACUUGUGAAACAAAGACCAAAUUGCAUGUCAGGUUUUGAUUUGACAGAAUCAAGGGAUAAGCGUUUGCAGAGCCAUAUACAGCAUCGUCUGUCUGAACUUGAAGAAUUGCCUGCAAGCAGAGGCGAGGACCUGCAGUCAAAGUGCUUGCUUGAACUCUAUGGACUAAAGCUUUCAGAGUUGCAGAGCAAAGUUCGGUCUGAUGUGAGUUCAGAGUACUGGCUUCGUCUGCAUUGUGCAUAUCCUGACAAGCAGUUGUAUGAUUGGAGCAUGAUGCGAUUACCUUGUCCUAUGUAUGGCCUUGGGGAUGCUUUCGCCAUGGGAGCUGAUGAUAACUUAAAGAAGAAACGUGAUGCUGAUAGGCUGUCCAGGUUACAAGAGGAGGAAAAGAACCUUGUGGAAACAAAGAAAAGGAAGUUCUUCGCAGAUAUAUUGAAUGCAGCUCGUGACCUCCAAUUGCAAGUACAAGCUGCUCAAAAACGCCGGAAACAAAGGAAUGAUGGUGUUCAGGCAUGGCAUGGAAGACAAAGGCAACGUGCCACACGGGCAGAGAAAUUGAGGUUCCAAGCUCUCAAAUCUGAUGAUCAGGAAGCUUACAUGCGUAUGGUUGAGGAAAGCAAGAAUGAACGGCUAACCAUGCUUUUGGGAAAAACUAAUGAUCUCCUUGUUCGUUUGGGAGCUGCUGUCCAACGUCAAAAAGAUGCUGAACAUGAUGGGAUUGAACCCUUGAAAGAUGCCGAGUUGGCUGCGUCAACGAGUGGAACCCUUGGGGAUUCUUUUUCUGAGGAAGAUGCUGACAUUGUUGAUACUGAACCCAGUUCCCAUGUUAAAACAGGGGAUUUACUUGAAGGCCAGCGGCAGUAUAACUCAGUAAUUCAUUCAAUUCAGGAAAAGGUAACAGAGCAACCAUCCAUGCUUCAGGGUGGAGAAUUAAGGCCCUACCAGUUAGAAGGGCUUCAGUGGAUGCUGUCUUUGUUCAAUAACAAUCUUAAUGGAAUUUUGGCGGAUGAGAUGGGGUUAGGCAAGACAAUCCAAACCAUUUCCUUAGUUGCAUAUCUUAUGGAAAACAAGGGCGUUGCUGGGCCCCACUUGAUUAUAGCCCCAAAGGCUGUGCUACCUAAUUGGGUUAAUGAGUUCUCAACCUGGGCUCCAAGUAUAGUAGCCAUUCUUUAUGAUGGACGUCGAGACGAAAGAAAGGCACUGAGGGAAGAGUACUCUGGAGAGGGGAAAUUCAAUGUUUUAAUCACCCACUAUGACCUUAUUAUGAGAGACAAAGCAUUUUUGAAGAAAAUUCACUGGAACCUCAUGGUUGUUGACGAAGGACAUAGGUUGAAAAAUCACGAAUCUGCUCUUGCAAGGACUCUUGUUUCAGGUUACCGGAUUCGACGCCGACUCCUACUUACUGGUACCCCUAUCCAGAAUACUUUACAGGAGUUAUGGUCCCUGCUCAACUUUCUCCUUCCAAACAUAUUUAACUCAGUUGAGAAUUUCGAGGAGUGGUUUAAUGCACCUUUUGCGGAUCGAGGUGAUGUUUCUCUGACAGAUGAGGAAGAACUAUUGAUCAUUCGCCGCCUGCACCAUGUUAUAAGGCCAUUCAUAUUGAGGAGGAAAAAAAAUGAGGUGGAGAAGUUUCUUCCUGGGAAAACACAGGUGAUACUGAAAUGUGACAUGUCAGCAUGGCAGAAAGUGUAUUAUCAGCAAGUGACAGAUGUGGGGAGAGUUGGUCUUGGUACUGGAUCUGGAAAAUCGAAGAGUUUACAAAACCUAACAAUGCAGCUCAGGAAGUGCUGCAACCACCCAUACCUGUUUGUUGGCGAAUAUAAUAUCUGGCGAAGGGAAGAAAUUUUUAGAGCAUCUGGGAAAUUUGAGCUACUUGACCGUUUACUCCCCAAGCUUCGCAGAGCAGGACAUAGAGUCCUCCUUUUCUCACAAAUGACUCGACUCAUGGACAUUCUUGAAGUUUAUUUGCAACUUCAUGAUUUUAAAUAUCUCAGGCUUGACGGGUCAACAAAAACCGAGGAAAGAGGAACUUUGCUAAAGCAAUUUAAUGCUCCCGAUUCUCCUUUCUUCAUGUUUCUUCUGAGCACUCGCGCUGGGGGUCUUGGACUGAACUUACAAACAGCAGAUACUGUGAUAAUGUUCGACAGUGACUGGAACCCGCAAAUGGACCAACAGGCGGAGGAUCGAGCGCAUCGGAUUGGGCAGAAGAAGGAAGUGAAGGUUUUUGUGUUGGUUAGUGUUGGGUCAAUUGAGGAGGUGAUUUUGGACCGUGCGAAACAGAAGAUGGGUAUAGAUGCUAAGGUCAUACAGGCAGGGCUGUUCAAUACAACCUCAACAGCUCAGGACAGAAGACAGAUGUUGGAGGAGAUUAUGCGAAGAGGCACAAGGUCACUUGGGACAGACGUCCCAAGCGAGAGAGAAAUCAACCGGCUUGCUGCGCGUUCGGACGAGGAGUUCUGGAUGUUUGAGAAAAUGGAUGACGAGAGAAAGCUAAAGGAGAAAUACAGAUCUCGUCUCAUGGAGGAUCAUGAGGUGCCAGAUUGGGCAUAUAAUGCACCAGAAAAUAAGGAUGGAAAGGGGAAAGGAUUUGACUACGAAAGUCGCCACAUCACCGGAAAGCGAAGAAGAAAAGAUGUGGUAUAUGUGGAUACACUCAGUGACUUACAAUGGAUGAAGGCAGUAGAAAAUGGAGGAGAUGUAGUAAAGCAUUCUGCUCGAGGAAAGAGGAUAGAGAAUCUUCCUCCCGUUGGUAAUGAGGUUAUGACUAAUGGUGUAGGGGAAGAAAAGAAACUAGUUGAAACAAAGAGCGAAACAUUGUCACUGGCGAGUGAGGCGACAAGUGAAGACACAGCUAGUUUGGGCUUGAAAAGGUCCAUGUCAGAGACCGAGUAUAUGCAGAAAACGGAAACUCAGGAGGGUGGAGAAAAUGGUUGGGACGCUUUGAGUUGGAAGCCUCAUAAAAAGAGGAGGUCAAGGUUAGUGUCCUGAGUUGUAAUAGUUCUGCAGUUUCAAUUCUAACAGUAGAGGAAACGGAUAGAUGUGAUUGAAAUGGUUCGGCGAAAACACUGGCAGAAUUGCAAGGGUUUAUGAUUGACCCCUGUCGAGCCUUCUUGUUGUGACUUUAGUAGCUCAUAGUUUAAGCAUUGCACUUCUUCCUCAUUUUGCGACCUUUUUUACUGGUGCGGUUGUGACCCAUGUGUUCCCUGCAUCGUUCCGCUUAUUCUUGUAGUCUACAAUUCUUUCUAUCUAUCUAUAAGUGAACCAACACCAUGUAAUUCCAUUCAAUUUAUAUCAGGUGGAACUGUACAUUUUUUCCCAAUUUACGAGCUUGUGAGAGCUAUUUGGGGGAUUUGUGACGAUUGUAAUGUUGCAAUUAGAUAAAGAAAUGAUGUGACAUUGUGAGAGGGUUUUAUGAGAAGGGAAACGGAAUUAUUGUUAGCAA